AUGGAAUGUUCUGGGAAUCACUGGUUCAUUGAUCAAAGUGUGUUAACUGAUAUUCGAAGACUCAUUACUCCAAAUCCUGGAUAUAAUAUUCCAGUGAAACAGCUAUUGCUGCUAAUUGAAAAGCCUAAUGAACUUCCCUUUAAUGUGAAGAGAGAAGGAAUGGCCAUAGUUCAAGUGCAUUUGCCUGAAGUCGCUCACAGCAUUAGCAGGUUGGCAAAAUGUAAGACUGAGAGGUCAUCAUCAAAGUAUUAUGUGGAUUCUGAAUACACCAAAGGUUUCACAGAUAACAUGGCUGCUACAAGACAUGACAUUGGUCAUACACACAACCAACACCAUAAACAUAUGGAAUAUGAGUGUAGUUGUGCUCAGAGUAAUGACCUAAAAUGUAACCUGAAGCCUCAUGAGGUAAAGAAUUUGUACAGCUUCAGCAGCUGUAAGAAGAGUUUCACAUUUCCAUUUCUAUAUAGAACAAAUUGUCUUGCUAAAACCAAACAGGGAGUUAUGAUUAGGCUACACUCCCAUAAGAAAAUAAACAGUUCAAAACGUUUCAGGAGAAUUAGAAAAAGAAACAAUAAAGAUUAUCUGGCAACACAUCCAAAAGCCUUCAGUGGAAGGAAGCCAUGUAUAUUUGGUGCAUAUAUUAAGAGCUUCAAUGAGAAGUAUAAACCCACACAAAACUCAACUAUCCACAGUGGGCAGAGGCUAUAUAAAUGUGACACACGUGACAAGCAUUUCACAUGGAAAAAACGUUUUAUGAUCCACAAGGCAAUCCGCUCUAGGGAGAGACCAUUUAGAUGUGUAACAUGUGGUAAAACUUUUACGACAAAUGGCAGCCUAACAGUUCAUGCUAGGAUCCACAGUGGAGAGAAGCCAUAUAAAUGUAGCACUUGUGGCAGAUGCUUUACAGAGAAGGGCAGUCUCAUAGUCCAUGAGAGAAGCCACAGCGGCGAGAAGCCAUAUAAAUGUGUAACAUGUGACAAGGCUUUUACAAAGAAGAGCAAUCUUACAGUCCAUGAACGAAUCCACACAGGAAGUAAAUCCUAUAAGUGUGACACAUGUGGUAAGUGCUUUACGCAAAAGGGCAAUCUCACAGUGCAUGGCAGAAGACACAGUGGAGAGAGGCCAUAUAUAUGUGCAACCUGUGGUGAGAGUUUUGCACAGAAGGGCAGCCUUUCAGUACAUGAGAAAAUCCACACUGGAAACAAACCAUAUACAUGUGCCACAUGUGGAAAGUGUUUCUCACAGAAGAGCAAUCUCAUUACCCAUAGACGAAGCCACAGUGGAGAUAAACCAUUUAAAUGUGCAAUUUGUGACAGGAGGUUUACUUUGAAGGGCAGCCUUAUAGUGCACGAGAAAAUCCAUGCUGGAAUUAAAUCCUACGUAUGUGUUGCAUGUGGCAAGAGCUUUACACACAAAAGCAGCCUUACAGACCAUGAGAAUAGCCAUAUUGGAACUAGAGCCUAUAAAUGUGGUACAUGUGGCAAUACUUUCAUGCAGAAAAGAUACUUAAGGGUUCAUGAGAAAAUCCACAGUGGAAAUAAAUCAUAUACAUGUGCCACAUGUGGUAGCUGUUUUACUCAGAAAGGAUACCUUAAACUGCACGAGAAAGUCCAUGCUGGAAAUAAAUCUUAUAAAUGUGAUGCAUGUAACAAGAGUUUUACAUGGAAAGGCAGCCUUACAGUGCAUAAGAGAACCCACACUGGGGAAAAGCCAUUUCAGUGUGCAAUUUGUGGCAAGAGUUUUGCACAAAAAGGUAACCUUACAUACCAUGAGAAAAUCCACACUAGACAAAAGAAAGCAAAAAAGUGUAAAGACUUCUCAUCUUCUCUUUGUCGAUGAUUUAAAACUGUAUAGCUCAU